CUCACCCCAGUCCACAUGGUCGACGCAAUCUCAAAAAUAAAUUCGUUUGUGACGGAGUGAAACUGUGGGCAAUCUGUUGUUGGAUUGGCGAUAAAGAUUUCCUUGACGUCUUUUGCGUCGGAGUCCUCAUGGUAAACAUAGAUUUAUGGGAUCAAUCACUUCUGACUUUGCAUAUUAAGGCACCAGUUAUUUUAUUGACGUGAGAUCGAGGAAGACUCUUGAACGAAGCCUGUCAAAUAGCAGUGUGUUGCUUUGUCAAUUUCUUCAUAUCAACUGUUCUAAAUGAUAUUCUUCUGAACGUUAUUGCAUAUGUAGAAAUCUUUCUUUGUAACACCUCUUCUUCUGGGAAUCUUGACACAACGGAGACCAACGCAAAGAGAUGUGUCUUAACUCGUAAACGGCAUGUCUGCUAGACAAAAUUUAAGUGCCUUCCGAUCGAUCAACUGUACAUUUUGUAUCUUCAAGUACUUUAGCGGUGAAUGGUUCGCACCGCGAGCUCUCUGUUGUUAAGAUUUGCGGUUCCGACUUAUGGCUGGAUUGUAAAUUGAGUAUGUCUGUGGACACCAUAACCAUUGGGGAGACGGAAGAAGCUGUUGGAUCACGGCGAAAGUCAUGCACGACUGAUGGAUUCGUUGUCCCGUCUGGGGAGGUCGAUUGCGACCUGCCCGUUCAACGAGAAGAUCCGGCGUUGCACAAGUAAGUAUCAUGUUUAUUUCUUGUUAUAUUAAAGAUAAGCUCACCCGCAAUUUGACCUGGGUUUAAUAUUUCCCUAUCUCGGGUUUUAACGGAAACGGAACCGUUUUAACUUCAGAUUGUUCCCUCCCUAUACAGGAGAAAUAAAGAUGAAAAUAGUUCUUUACAGAAUGGAAUCGACGACAAGUUUUCAGGAGACCAGAGGCGAUCGUAAGUAAAAUUGGCAUUUGCUGUCAGGGUGAUUAGCUUCAUUUUAUUUUGAAAAGAAUAACAGCUGCCAAAUAGCGAUUUUUAUAAAAUGACUCCCGGCUGUACACUCUUCGGUAUGCAUCGCCUUUGCUAUAUGGUUCAUGUUUGAGAAUAUUCGAAACUUUGGUAAAGGUGUCACUGACCUAGUAAAUAUGGGAAAACAAUUAAACUUUAAUGACUUCCUAAUACAACAAGAGAAAAGAUGCUUUUAUGUUUUCGAUUUCUUUAUGUCUGGGGAUUUCAUUUCUCAUGCAAUAUAAAUAGCAAUUUUGUCCCGUGAUCACUGUAAUUUUAAAAGGCUUCAAAUUUCUACCUAGCAAAUUAUUUAUUUAAGCUUCUAAUAAGCAAUAAACUAAAUUAAAAUUGGUACAUUCAGCCACGGAUUCAUUCGGAAGAUUACUUGUGGUGCUUAUAUCAUAAAGUGUAAAAAUCAAAGUGAAAAUUGUUUUUAACAGAGCUGUAAAUCCUUUCCGUUCCUAAAAUAUCACUUGGAGUAAUAAAAGACCUUCCUUGUAAUUUUUUCAGUUACUAUGAAUAAUUCCAUAUUUCAUGAAAAUAUCUUUGUCAGGUUGCUAUGUAUAUAAUUUAAAAUUCUAAUGUGUCAUUUCAAAAGUUGAUUUCAAUAUCUAUGGUUUAGGUAUCUUAUUAAGUCUAAAAUGAAAGAUUAAUCCAGAAGUAUAUAAGCAUUGGAUUGUAAAUUUCUUUGAAAAAUAUUCUAAGAUCUCUAAAAAAAACUGGUAAAUAGUUACAUUUAAAAAAAUAAUGAUGAAUUCAUCAGUUCUGUUGCAAAUUAAUAGUUCCAAUGUGUAAUGGUAAUUUCCAUUUUGCAUUCUGGCUAUUUAUUGAUAGUGAUUGGUUUUUACAGAGCUUAAAAGUGCUGAUUAUUAUAACAUGGAAGUUUGAUUGAAGUACUUGGGAAAAUACAAAAAUUAAUGCAAUCGCAAAAAAUUCUUGUACAUUGUGUGUGAUUGUAGUUAGUUAUAUGAUAUUUUGUUACAUUCCUACUCUCUGAUAAUGUUUAAAGAAAAAGUUAAAUAAUGUAACCCAUAUUCAAUAUUCUGGUACAAAAAAAAUUGAAAUUGAUAGAUAUAUAUGCAUGUAUGACAGUACAAAUUUUCAGUUGACUAAUUUUUGAAUGUAAAAUACUUGCAACUAGGAAUUUUUCUUCUAUUUUUAUAAAUGAAGAGAUAAUCUGCUUUGAUAGUACAGUUAUGUCCCCUCAAAGGUUAAAAUGGUACAAAAUUAUCAUUGCCAUAGUGAUGAAAUUUGUUGCAUCAAUUUUAAAGGAUGCUGGAUUCAAGGACAUUCUCUUCUGAUAUUUGUUCGUAGUUAUCACCAGGCUACUGAUCAGUCUUCCAAAGAUAGGGUUUCUACUGUGUCAACAAUAAUAUUUUAACAGAUUGUUUUUAUUGUGCUCCUAACAAUCGUCUGAAAUUCAAAUUGUAAGUGUGUUUCCUUUAGUAUUUGCUUACAUAAUCAAAACUGAAAAUAAUUAUCGUUUAUGUAAUGUGAAAUAUACAAAGCUGUGUCUGCUUAAGGAAGUGUUACCGUAAGUUGGCAUCAUGAUGUUAACAAAUAUGUAUGUUUCUGUAAGGUAUAAAUGUAGUUAGUGAGAUCAUUUACCUGGCAGGAACAUGUUAAUAUCAUGUUAAAAGCAUCUUACGGUUCCUAUAUUUCUUUAGAAAUAUUUCACCCAGAUGCAGUGUCUUUGCCCUAAUGUAAAGUGAAUAGUAUGAUAUAAGAUAAUACUGCUUAGAAUUUUCCUUUCUAUAUUUUAAGUGUUUUGUACAGAAUUUUGUGGAACAGUCUUGACAAGACAGGGAGGUCUUUGUUGUGGGUUAACAGCAUGCAAAUGAAUUUUUCUGCAUAGUUUCUGUCAACUGAUCAUCAAGUAGCUCACCAUGGUCACUCCAAGCAAACUUUUGCUGCUGUUAAUGGCUGCACCUCAAAAAAAUUUUUUUUUUUAUUGACAAAUCAUUCAGCAUUUUCACUUCUGAGACCCUGUUGAGGUGAAAAUCUGACAAGCAAUAUGGCCCUUGGGUUGAAAUUGCAACAGUUACAAAGACUGGGACAAGUACAAUAGUCAAAUACCAACAGAGAAAUAGCUUUCUUCUCAAAGUGUAAAACAACAGAUUUUGAAAUGCAGAUAAGGGACAUUCAUACCCCUACCCUACCCCUUCCCCUAAGUGAGCCACACUUCAGACUUGCAGUCCUCCCCAAACCCCUAUCAUUUCAACAGUUGGUGUGCAAUCAAAGGGUUAAUCUUGGAAAGUGUGUGAUGAGUUGAAGAAGGGUUACUUUCUGCAGUGUCACUGCUCAAAUGUAGCGUGCAAAGAAAGUAGUGUCCGAUAGCCCGGGGCUAGUGGAUUUUGCUAUUGGGCCAGUGACUUCUGUUUUUAACUUGCUCGACCCGCAAGUGAUGCUUUUUGAGGAAUUCGAAUAGUAGAAGAACUGUGAAAUCAAUUCUGCUCGUCAAAAAGCUUCUGGGGCUAGUAAAUGCUAGCUUCAGCUUGCCUGAAUGGCAAGCUGUAAAAAUGAUUUUCUUUGCACCCUGAAAUGGCUACCAUAAUGUUACUGACAGGAUUUUUGUUUGUUUUUCCUGUUUUUUUUGGUAAACUAAUUAGCGCCUUAAUGGCUAAUUACUUUACCAGAGACAAUAGCAUUAACUAAUUCCCAUUAUUUGUCAUGUAUGCUUUUUUUGUAAUGUAAUUUAUUCUAGAUGAUGUUACUGAUUAUUUUUCCUUUCUAUUCUGUGUUGUGUUACUAAAUGUGUUUAGGCAGGAGUCCUGAAAACAAAGCAAUAUUAAUUAAAGGCCUCAGUGCAAAAACUGCACCUGCAUACGUACGUCGCUAAUUUUGCAAUGCCUGCAGAACUAACCAAAUUUUGUUCAAUGAAGAACAACAUUGUCUGCGGGGAGGGGGACAGUUUUUGCCUUUGGUUAGGGGGGAGGGGAUUUGUUGUCUCCUAUUGUAAAGGGGAUGUGUAUUUGGGAAAUAAUAGACAAACUGAGGCAGAACUGUUGGCCAAAAUGUUUUUGUAUUAAAUGUGAAACCAAACAACAUACUUUUGUAACUUUUGCAGCACUUUUUGAAAAUUAUCAGAUUAGGGACCCCUUAAAACACAGUGUGCAAAGAAAGGCAUGUUGGGUAGCCUUAAGGGCUGGUGAAUUUGGCCAUUGUGUUAGUGAAUUCUGUUCUUAACUUGCCCAAUGGACAAAAGAAAGAAAUGGUAAAAAAGAUCAUUCACUUAUUUUACACAUUCUUACACAUUCUUCCUUUUUUUACAGGCCACAAAAACCACAUCCUUUGCGCAGUCCAGUAAAUAAAUAUUCAUCACUAAUAAGGGCGCAAACCAUGUCACCUGUGUUAGACAAUAUCGGCAAGCCUAUAACAGCCAAGACAUCCAAGAACUUUUCCAAGGCUCCUUUGAAGCUCAAGUUAGCUUUAUCACCUAGAGGUAUGUUUUGUUUCCUGAGAAUCUUGUGGUAACUCGCGUGACGGCAUGUGUUUUAACUUAGACAAACAAACAUGACAAACAAACAAAAGCAAUGGUACAUAGAAGACAAUUUCUUAAAAUCUACUCAUUAAAAUUUUGUGAUAUUUGGCAGAAUUUUUACUUUUGUCGUAUUCUAAAUAAUGAGAACUUUAAAAAUGGAAGUUGAACAGACAAUUUAAUAAUUACAGUGCAAUUAUAUUACUGAUUAUCUAACAACCAGACUGUUAAAAUUUGGUCAAAUAAGUUUCAAAUGGUAAUGAUUAAUUAUUAAAAGUAAGCUGUGUGCAAGUUUGUAGGAAAAUCUAUUUGAGCAAAUUUUAUGUAAACUGAGCAAAAGUGAAAUUUUAAGGUUGUAUUCAAUCGUUCAUGUUGCCAUGGAAACUACGAAAACGUCAAAUUUUAUCUGUCAGUCAAGAUCUUUCGUCAGUAUAUUUUUCACUUGCCAAGUUUCAGCUCAUGAGCUGCAACCUUUCUCUUACCAUCAUUUCGCAAAUGACAUAUACUCACAAACUGCCAAAACUGUGUUCAGCCACCUGAAAGAUUCACCAUUGGAUUUAUGAACACAUGAAAUCCUAUGAUGUCACCAUUGAAAAAACCUAUUUGGGACUGUUUCUUUUGAAAGGAUUUUACAAAAAGGUUUGGGAAUUUUUUUUCUAAAAUUGACUCAGACUGCUAUUUUAUUGAAAGGAUUAAACAUCCCUUGUUUAAAUUUACAUCUCAAUCAUGUCUGGUCACGUUUUUCAGGUUGUCCAAUAGUAAUAGUUAUCUUUCAUCAAGAUACAUUUAUACAUGUAAUUCGCACAGCAUGAAUGUUUAUCUAAGAAAUUGAUACAUUAUUUUGGUGACAUACCUUGUUCCUGAACAUAAUGUGAAGAACUUUCAUUGCAAGUUCAAAGUUAUGAGUCACAUGGUCAGGAAAAUGUUUCUCACAUGAUAUUAAUAAAGAACCAAGCAAGACACCCUCAAUGCAAAUUUCCGACAGUAAUUUGCCACAUAGGAAAUUUCAUGGAUAAUUUUCCUUCUGCUGUUUUACUUUAGCACAUAAUUGAAAAAAAUUAAAACAAAACACCUAAAAUUUUAGCCAGCUGUUCAGUACUCAAUCAAGGAAUAUUAUGGACAUUUCUCAAAGGACUCCCAAAAAUAUUUUUUACAGUAUGUAUAUGCUAUAUGUUCUGUGUUAGAUCCUUCAAGGCGUAAAACUAGACUCAGUCUAAGGUAUCUAUAAGAGACUUUUCAGUAGCUAAUGGACUGGGCAUUUUUAAGUUUGUUAAAGUAAUAAAUUUACGUUAAAAAGUGCUCAGGCCAGUUUCAGACAAAAUAUGUCAGGAAUCGUUCCAUGCUAGACAUUGCAGCUGUUAAGCUAGAAUUAAAUGUUAACAGUACACAUGUAUGCAUGCAUGAUUAUGUUAUUUAAAAAUGUGCACAUGAUGAAUUUAGAUAAACUUGAUAUCAAUAAUGUUGUGGUCCUGUUUUGGGAUGUUCAAGAAGUCUCAGUAAAACAUAUCCUUACUGCUUUGUAGAAUUUUGCUCUUUACCAGUGACAUUUCUGAAACUAUUUUCUUUAUACUGGAGGUCAGUGUUUAAUGCACUGUACAAAAAACUUUACCAAAGGUCACAUUCUUUCUGUUUUGGGCCUUGUUUCCUUGAGAAGAAGUUGUACACAUAAUGAUAUACAACAAGCCUGAAAUUAGUGGAGUCAUAACACUGACUGUUUACCAGAACAUCAGUGCACAAAAAAUCACAAAUCUACUUAAAAUAACUUUUACUCUUAGUGUACAAACUAACCAUUGGAACUGUAAAGUUAAUACAGUGAAAAUGCCGCCCUUCUUGUUACAAGGGAGCUUAAGCAACAACGAAGAUCACCACGACAACUUCAAGAAACAAUAGAUUUAAUGAUCAAAACAACAGCUCUCCUGCACGUGCAUGAUGCUUUUUGCACAUUUCUUUGAUGUCCACUGCGCGACUAUGACAUGAAACCUCCUAAUUUGACGUUUUAUGGAACGAAUUUUCCUUCCUCUUUUUGAACUUGAAUAAAAUUCAUUUUUUUAGCGACAUUUUCACUGCCGCCAUCGUCAUCGUUGCUAAAGGUCCCUACAGUCAAUUAUGGUGAUGGCUAUGGUGAUGUUGGUCACUUUAUAUACUGAUUAAAGGAAGGGGAGGCAAAGGUGGCACAGUGGUGAAAGCACCCGAAUAACCACUAAGUGGAUGUGCUACCGUUAAAUUGUAUCAUAUUGUGGGUAUGGUUGCAAUGUACCUACCUCUGGUUGACUGUCUCUGGUCUCUUCUUUGUUAGGUGCAGCUUGGAACUUGGAAGAUGAUGAAGAGAAUGUUACAGCUGCAAGUGGUAGUACAGAUGGAGCUCCUUUCGGAUACACUUCGGGAGGGCUUUAUUAUUCCACGGCUAUUCAUCUACAAACAUUGCAGACAUUGGUAAGAAUUAACUGCAUUUUUACAGCUAUGGAAAAGCACAUGAUUACCAUAGCUAUUCAUGCUUGAUGUGUUUAUAAGUGGCGGAAAAAAGUAAGAUUUGUACUUAUCUGUAACUAUUGAACCAAGCCCACCAAAAAUUUCACCAUAUAUGUAUUAUUUAUUUUAUGUUUCCUGAAACCAUGCACUUCAAUGUUGUUUUUGACAGGGAAAUGAGGAGGAAAACAUUUCUCCAUUAGAGACAGAGAAAAAGCAAAGGUAACAGUUUUAUAAAACAUUAUGUGAGGUACAAAAAAGUUUAUCUCAUUCUGCAUGCCAAGUUUAGCUUGGUCUCAAGACUCAACCAUCAUAGUAAACCAUAGUAGAACUUUGCUAUGUACAGGUCAAAAUUGAAUCCAGGUUAAAAUUUUUUAACCUAGGUUGAUUCUUCAUUGUCUUUGUGUACUAGACCUGAUUAUUCAUAAGUUAGGGCUAGGAGGCAGAGGAAAUUGAGAAUCAACCUAUAGGUUAAAAACUUUUAACCUCAAUAUAAUUUUGACCUGUAACAUAUACAUUUAAGUGUUGGUAAAUAAUUGUGAAUGUUUUGGUUUUGUUAGGAUAUAACAGUCAUAGGUUGUUUAACUGAUUGAUUGUCU